AUGUUGCUCUUCGUGGAGCAGGUAACAUCUAAAGGAACUGGUUUAAAUCCUAAUGCCAAAGUGUGGCAAGAAAUUCCUCAUGGAAAUACUGAUGUCACGCCAGUAACUCAUGGAACUGAAAGCUCUUGGCAUGAAACAUCAGCAACAUCUGGGUCUCAUCCUGAGGGUAAUACAGAGCUUCCAGAUGAUAUGUGUAAGGAAUAUGAAGUAAUGUAUUCAUCUUGUGAAACCACAAGAAAUUCUACAGGCAUUGAAGAAUCAACUAAUGGAAUGAUUUUAGCGCCAGAAGAUCUGAAUUACCAAAUAUAUGACAUUUCCGGAGAAAGCAAUUCAGCAAUUUCCACAGAAGACCUAAAAGAAUGCCUGAAGAAACAAUUGGAAUUCUGUUUCUCACGAGAGAAUUUGUCUAAGGAUCUUUACCUGAUAUCUCAAAUGGAUAGUGAUCAGUUCGUUCCAAUUUGGACAGUUGCCAACAUGGAAGCAGUAAAAAAGUUAACCACAGACCCGGAUCUGAUUCUUGAAGUAUUGAGAUCUUCUCCCAUGGUACAAGUUGAUGAGAAGGGCGAGAAAGUGAGACCAAGUCAUAAGCGUUGUAUCGUGAUUCUAAGAGAGAUUCCUGAAACAACACCAAUAGAGGAAGUGAAAGCUUUGUUCAAGAAUGAAAAUUGCCCCAAGGUGAUAAGCUGUGAGUUUGCACACAAUAGCAAUUGGUAUAUCACUUUCCAGUCUGACACAGAUGCACAACAGGCUUUUAAAUAUUUGAGAGAAGAAGUUAAAACAUUUCAGGGCAAGCCAAUCAUGGCAAGGAUAAAAGCCAUCAAUACAUUUUUUGCUAAGAAUGGUUUUCGAUUAAUGGAUUCUAGUAUGUAUAGUCAGCCCAUUCAAACUCAAGCACAGUAUGCCUCACCAGUCUUCAUGCAGCCUGUAUAUAGUCCUCACCAACAGUACUCCAUCUAUAGUAUUGUGCCUCAGUCUUGGUCUCCAAAUCCUGCACCUUAUUUUGAAACACCACUGGCUCCCUUUCCAAACAGUAGUUUUGUGAAUGGCUUUAGUUCACCAGGAUCUUAUAAAACAACUGCUGCUGCUAUGAAUAUGGGUCGACCAUUCCAAAAAAAUCGCGUGAAACCUCAUUUUAGAUCAUCAAGUGGUUCAGAACACUCAACAGAGGGAUCUGUGUCAUUGGGGGAUGGACCAGUAAACAGAUCUGGUUCGAGGAACUUUCCAGCUGAACGGCAUAACCCUGCAGUAACAGGGCAUCAGGAGCAAAGCUACCUUCCCAAAGAGACUCCAACUUUGCAGAUUGAACAGAAUGGGGAUUAUGGUAGGGGCAGGAGAACUCUUUUCAGAGGUCGAAGACGACGAGAAGAUGACAAAUUCCCAAGACCCCAACCUUCAACAACUGAAGCAAAGGCUCCAACACCAAAGUUUGACUUAUUAGCCUCAAAUUUUCCUCCUUUACCUGGAAGUUCAUCCAGGACACCAGGUGAACUUGUUUUGGAGAGUAGGAUGUCUGAUGUUGUUAAAGGUGUCUACAAAGAAAAGGAUAAUGAAGAGUUAAGACGAGGGGAUAGUUGCCCAGUGCCUGCAGAGGAUGAACAGACCGACUGCGCCACUGCCCAGCAACUCGAUUUAAGUACUGGUCCUUCGUGUACAGCUGAGCCUCCUGCAUUGAGCACAACUCAGAUAGAAAAGGAUCUAGUGGAGGAUUCCACUGUUCAGAAGGAUGUUCUCAACCCAACAACUAUAUCAGUUUCUUCCCCAAAUCCUGCAAAGCCAUCAGGGACAAAUACUGCUUCACCAUGUGAUAAUAACAUAAAUGCAGCUGUAACUGUGGCCCUACAGGAACCCCGAAAGCUAAGUUAUGCUGAAGUGUGCCAGAAGCCCCCUAAAGAGCCAUCUCCCGUUCCUGUGCAGCCACUACGAGAACUACGCUCCAAUGUAGCGUCUCCCACCAAAAAUGAAGAGAAUGGAGCUCCUGAGAAGUCCAUUGAGAAACCACAUGAGAAGCCAGAAGCAAGGGCUAGUAAGGAUUAUUCUGGCUUCCGAGGCAAUACCGUCCCCAGGGGAGCAGCUGGAAAAAUCAGGGAACAGAGACGUCAGUUUGGCCACAGGGCCAUACCUCAGGGAGUUACUCGACGUAAUGGCAAAGAGCAAUAUGUGCCACCCAGAUCACCAAAGUAA